AUGUCGCGCCGCCGCAUGCGAGCUGCAGGCCAGUCCUCAGCCCCGUGCCAGAGCGGAGGGUUCAGCAUCGACGUCUGCAGCUCCAUGUCUGAGUCAGACCUCAUGAAGAGUGGGGGAGCCGGCAGCAGGGGCCCCGAGUGCCGCUCGCCUCCAACCCCCCGGGCGGAGCUGCUCAGCCCCUCCAAGGUGAAGGACUGCUCUCAGCACGUCACAGAGAAGGUCACGCAGGUACUUUCUCUGGAGUCGGAUGUGCUUCCUGAAUACAAACUCCAGGUGCCAGAUACAACAUGGCUGAUCCUGCUUCACUACAGCCCCUUCAAGGCGUUUUGGGACUGGAUCAUUCUCCUGCUGGUCCUCUACACGGCCGUCUUCACUCCUUACUCGGCCACCUUCCUCUUGGACGUGCACGGGGAUUUACGUCAAAGGAUCUGUGGCUACACGUGUAACCCUCUGAAUGUGGUGGACCUCUUGGUGGACGUGCUGUUUAUUGUGGAUAUAGUCAUCAACCUUCGCACGACGUACGUUGACAAGAACGACGAGGUGGUGACACAGCCGAGCCGGAUCGCCAAGCACUAUCUUAAAGGCUGGUUCCCUAUCGAUCUGUUUGCAGCGAUCCCCUUUGACCUUCUCAUAUUCAGAUCUGGCUCUGAUGAGAUGGCCACCUUAACAAGCCUGCUGAAAACCGCUCGGCUGCUACGAUUGGUCCGUGUGGCAAGAAAGCUGGACCGAUACUCGGAAUAUGGAGCUGCCGUCCUCUUCCUACUCAUGUGCACCUUUGUCCUCAUCGCCCACUGGUUGGCCUGCAUUUGGUACGCCAUUGGCUUCGUGGAGAGGCCGUACACGGAGACGGGCUGGCUGGACAACCUGGCUGAGCAGCUGGGCAAGUCGUACAACGACAGCGACUCCAGCUCCGGUCCGUCGGUCAAAGACAAAUACGUCACCGCUCUGUACUUCACACUGAGCAGCUUGACGAGCGUCGGGUUCGGCAACGUUUCUCCAAACACCAACUCGGAGAAGAUCUUCUCCAUCUGCGUCAUGGUGAUCGGAUCUCUAAUGUAUGCCAGCAUAUUUGGGAACGUGUCUGCCAUCAUCCAGCGGCUGUACACGGGUACAACCCGCUACCACACCCAGAUGCUGCGAGUCAAAGAGUUCAUCCGAUUCCACCAAAUCCCCGGGUGCCUGCGUCAGAGGCUGGAGGAAUACUUCCAGCACGCCUGGGCCUACACAAACGGCAUCGACAUGAACGCUGUGUUGAAAGGGUUUCCAGAGUCGCUCCAGGCCGACAUCUGUUUGCACCUGAACAGAUCCCUGCUGCAGAACUGUAAGGCUUUCCGUGGGGGUAGUCAGGCCUGUCUGCGCGCCUUGGCCAAGAGGUUCAAGACAGUCCACGCUCCUCCAGGCGAUAUCCUGAUCCACUACGGAGACAUCCUGGACUCGGUCUUCUUCAUCUCGCGUGGUUCGAUCAAGAUCCUUAGGGAUGAUAUGGUGGUAGCCGUAUUAGAAAGGAAUGACAUCUUUGGUGAGCCCAUCCACCUGUAUGACGACCCGGGGAAGUCCAACUCCGACGUGCAAACCAUAACCUACUGUGACCUGCACCGCAUCCAGAGGGAAGACCUGCUGGAGGUGCUGGAUAUCUACCCCGGCUUUGCAGACAAGUUCUGGAGGAACCUGGAGUUGACCUUUGACCUGAGAGACCCUGAUCAAGUCCCGCCAAUAAUAACAACUGAUGACUCUGGAGACGACUGUGGAUAUCACCACAAGCCAAGACACAAGCUCCACUCCCUGGACUGCAGAAUCAGACCAGAUGGAAUCGAUCAUGAGGAUUCCUACCCCCUUCAGUCCUUCCGUCAUCGUCACUCCCCCUCCCAGGCCCACUGGGACGACCGCUGCAGCUGUGGAUCCCCGUGCUCCCAGUCCAGCGAGGACCUGGAGACGACUCUUGCUCACGGUGCCAAAGUAGAGCUUUGUCCUCCAGAAGAUGCAGAGCGGGACUACUCCCCCUCUGUGAUGCAGCUGCGGCCCCCGAGUGGCACAUCAGUGGGGAAGGAAGCAGGGGACAGAGGACCCCAAGCUUCAUCUGUGAAUGUGCCGGCGAUGUGUCGCUACUGGCCGGAGCGACAGUCACAACAGUUUUCCGGCCGCACCUGGCGAUCGUCUUCUGUCCGUAACUCAUACCAUCCACCGCCGUUCACAGAAGAACGGCCCUGUGAGCUUGAGUCUCGACUGGAGGUUUUACAUUCACAGCUCAACAGACUGGAGACUCGCAUGACAACCGACAUCAGCGUCAUCCUCCAGCUUCUCCAGAGGCAGAUGGCUCCCGUACCUCCAGCCUACAGCACUGUAUCAUCCAGUACCCUCACCUCCAACUCACCCAGUCUGUAUGGGACCGGGACACCAGUAGUGCCCAGCAUGUAUCCCAACUCUCCCAUACAGAUGGACACACAGGUAAAGAUUAAUGCCACAACGAAUGUCUCCAUAAGUCUAAGGUCCCAGGAGUCUCUGUCCAGCGGUAUCCCCGUGACCGUGGCCUCGGACGACACCAUGUUCAUGACCGUCACCCCCGAAACUGAGACCCGUCCGGGGUUAGCUCUGCAGCCCCCCCGGCCGUCAGACAAAUCCUCCCUGGUGGAGAACCCCCCGCUGUGUGGGAGCCUCCGCUGCCCGUCGCUGCCGGGGAACCUGGACAUCAGCUCGGGACUGUCUGAGAUCCAGAAGCAUCUGUCUGACCCGGUGCUGCCCGUCAUCUGA